CCGGCACACAGUGAAGCCACUUGCCCUGUUUUGAAAUAUUAAGGAAGUUUGUCUGGGCUGUGGCCCAAAAGCCAGAAAGAGAAAGAGGGAGUGUGGCCGGCAGCAUGCUGUUUGCACACUGAAGAAGACCAGUUGGGAAACCCCAGAAAGAAAGUGAAGGAUGCUCGCGUGGAGGAAGGACGACAACGCCUUCAUGGGGCAGUGACAGGAAGAAGACCUUACAGGAGAAGAAGACGAGAUGCCAUCCUUUAGAUACCGGCCAAAUGGCCGGAUGAGGACCAACUGCAGCCAGUGCGAGAAGACUUUGACUCUCCAAACGUCUGUGAAGGUGCUGUAUGUCUUUGUCAUCUUGCUGAUCGUGGUUGUGGCUGUGCUGGCUGCCUUGGUUUUUAAGAAGGUGGACUCUAUAGCUGAUGAUGUUACCUCAGCUCAUACAUACUAUGAGAAGAAAAUUGUGUCAGUCCAGGAGAACCUCCAAGAACUGGAUCAGAACUCCCCGGUCAACUGUUCCUUCUGUCAUGACACAGGACAGCUGGGCCAGGAGAUCAGCAAACUGCAGGAGGAGCUGGAGGAGAUUCAGAAGAAACUCUUAGCCCAGGAUGUGCUACUUGACCGCACCGCUCAAGCCCACCAGAAGCUUUCAUUCACCAACAAAGCGAUCACUGGAGAGGUGGAUGGUUGUUCUUCUGCCAUUCAGCAGGUCAACCAGAGUGUGAGUCUCUUCCUUGCCCAGGUGAGAGGUUGGCAGGCAGCCACCUCUGAGCUGAGCAGUUCACUGAAGGAAUUGUCGCAGGAGCGAUUUGAUGUCGAGGCAGCCGUACAGCAGAUGAACUUCACAGUGGGGCAGACCUCAGACUGGAUCCAUAUCAUCCAAAGGAAGACGGACGAGGAGACACUGACGCUACAGAAGAUCAUGACAGAGUGGCAGAACUACUCUCGAAUCUUUGGCAGUUUGCGAGCUACCUCCUCCAAAACAGAAGAGCUAGUUAAGAACAUCCAGACUAGCUUGGGUAUUGCUUCACAAAGAAUCGGCCAGAAUUCGGAAGGGAUGCAUGACCUUGUCCUCCAGGUGAUGAGUUUACAGUUGCAGCUGGACAACAUUUCCUCCUUCCUGGACGACCAUGAGGAAAACAUGCAUGACCUUCAGUACCACACCCGGUACACACAGAACCGGACAGCUGAGCGCUUUGAAACCUUGGAAGGCCGUAUGACCUCCCAUGAAAUCGAGAUCAACACGAUCUUCACCAACAUUAAUGCCACUGACAGCCACGUCCACAGCAUGCUCAAGUACCUGGAUGACGUGCGGCUCUCUUGCACGCUGGGCUUCCACACGCAUGCUGAGGAACUCUAUUACCUAAACAAAUCAGUCAGCCUUAUGUUGAGUACCACAGACCUCCUACGGGAGCGCUUUAGUUUGCUCAGUGCCCGACUGGACUUUGACAUUCGCAACCUCUCUAUGGUCAUGGAAGAGAUGAAGACAGUUGACACCAAGCAUGGGGAGAUCCUCCAGAAUGUCACCAUCUUACGAGGUGUUCCUGGCCCCCCAGGCCCCAGAGGAUUCAGAGGAGAACUUGGCGGAAAGGGCCCCCCCGGAAGCAGAGGACCAAAAGGUGACCCUGGGAGUAUGGGGCCACCUGGUCUGCAGGGAGCUCGUGGGCCCGCAGGCCCCCCAGGUCCACAAGGCGAGAGAGGAUCGGUGGGCCCAAAAGGCCUCUCUGGAUUCAAAGGCAGCAAGGGAAGCUUCGGACAAUCUGGUGCCAAAGGUCAGGCAGGCCCAAAGGGGGAUGUGGGGCCUCCAGGGCUAGAUGGUUCUCCUGGGCCAGCUGGACCUGCUGGCCCACAGGGAAGCCCAGGAAUUCCAGGCAAACCAGGGCCACCAGGCCUAACCGGGCCACCAGGGCCAAAGGGAGAUCCUGGGUUAAGAGGCCGGGCAGGGUUACCAGGACCACCCGGGCCACCGGGAGCAUGAGGUUGCUCCAAAAAGAGUGGAAGGUGUGGGCAGCUGAAUGGGGCCUCUGCAGCUGCUAACACCUGGAUGCCCCCCACUGAAGGUGGCAAGAACAGUUGUCCUACUGAUGCCUGCCCUCAUUUAUUCAGCACCAAACUGCCAGGACUUGUUUCCAGCAGCGAGUUUAGGAAAUGAAACUUCCUGCACUGAGGAAUCUCCAAAGGCAAAGAGUCGCCACUGCUGUCUCCGUACCACCACUUGUCUUGUUUUAAGCACCUUCAUUGCUUUCCCCUUCCUGCAUCCAGUUCCGUCCAGUCUUCGGAGGACCUCUUUGCUCCUGCCGUCCAUGUGCAGGAAAAUAUGGCAAAGAUGUUUUAGAGGCAAGGUUAAAGUUCUUAAUGUGUGCCGAUUUCAGUGUCUGUGUACAUAUGUAUAAAAAGUUGCCAUCUUCUUUCCUAGCUCUGCUCCUGUGCCUUUAGUGCAGAAUGUUAUGACAUGGCAUUUCUUCCGUGGCUUGUCUCCAUAGCUGGGGACAGCAUUUCAUUAUGCCAAGUUGUUAUUAAAGGCACAAGAGAAGAGCUAGUAAAAAAAAAGGCAUCCUUUUAUAAGCAAGCCCACUUUCUACUUUUCACUUUGCUUUGCUCUCAAAGGAACCCAAAACUGUAAGCCAGCUACGAAGGGCCUGUGCACAGUGAUAGAGCACCUGCUUUGCAGGCUAAAGGGCCUCAGUUCAAUCAUUGGCCAUCUCCAUUCAAAAUGAUCUCAGAUUGGACAGCUUGCCUGACGUCUGCUGCCAGUCAGAGGGACUAUACCAAACAGCUUCAAGGCAGCUUCAGAUCUUCAUUAGCAAAGUUUCCUGUGGUCAUUGGAGGGGCUGUGGCUCGGUGGAAACCCCUCUGCUUUGCAUGCAGAACAUCCUAGGUUCAAUCCCCGGCAUCACCAGUUAAAAGGACCGGGUAGUAGGUAUUGUGAAAAACCUCUGCCUGAGACCUUGGAGAGCUGCUGCCAGUCUGAGUAGACAAUACUGACCUUAAUGGGCUGAUUUAGUAUAAGGCAGCUUCAUGGUAAGUGAAGAAACUGGCCUUUGUUGUUGUGCCAGUAUCAUUGCUAGGAAAAGGAAGAAAGGGGGUGGGUGUGCCUUGCUUGUUCAUUUAAUUUUUAUUUAGAGAUGUUGCGGAAACCAGAUUUUAUACUCUGGAAACUUCUUUGCAUUGGGUGAAACUCUGAGCUCUGCCUCUCCAAGAUUCCUUUUGUGCUGUCCUUUAGUUUGGAAUUGCCAUGAUUCAUUCACUUAGUUUUAACAGAGAACCCAGAUGAUGCCACUGGCAACCUGUUACACUCCAGGAUUUUCAGUAUUCUAUUUCCAUAUUUUUUUUCAGAUCUCUUAUGUGGCAAUUUUUUAAACAUAAAAAGCAGUUCCAAUGCUAGCCAUCCAGAUGUAGACUGACAAAGCACUACUGAGACUUUCUGAGUCUACUGACCCUUUAUUUGUCCUGCUGCUUUCAGAUUGAUUAAUCAAUUACGUCCUGGUUAGUUCCUGGCUGGUCCAGCCCUGCCAUUCAUGGUUAAUAAUCAAUGCAAAAGCACUGCUUUUCCGUUGGUAGUCAAAGCCACUCUCGUUAUUUUUAUUUGAAAGUUCACAAUUGCACUAUAACUACAAUAAAAAUAAUAAAAAUAGUGAGGAGUGAGUUAGACUGCAAGGAGAAAAGCAGUACUUAAUUUCCUCUCCCUGCCUUUGAUAAUUAAAAAUUGAUUCCCGAAGAGAUGGCUAGUCGCAGAGAGAACAGAAGGUAAGUAAAACAGUGGGACAAAUGGAGAAUUUUCAGGAAGAAAAGGAACUUCAGAAUUCAGCACUUACUUCUCUGAAUAGUCAGAUUGUACCCAUCUGGGCAAGUGUUGCUGAAACCCCAGUUUUUAUUCCAUUUGCGGAUGAAUGUGGAAAAACGAUGACUGAAUAGCACAAAGAGAGCUAAACUACAAGUGACGCCUGGCACGUGUUCUUCAAGUGUCGGAUUAUGCAGUUUCACCUGGGAACUGUAGUUUUAAAAGAGCCCCUCCACAUCCCUGUGAAGAGGAUGGUUGAAAAUACAAGCAAAAUUAGAUUUGAAGUGUAGUUCUUGUAGGCUAGUGUAGUUUAUGGGCCCUUAAUCCCCCUCCCUCCCUUGGAAUCUGCCAGGUCUUAAAAGAAAAGUUGAGAGAGAACUGGGAGAGAGGAACUUUGCAAUUCCACCCAGUGGAGGGGAGGGGGAGGCUGAGACUAAAAGCUAAGCAGUGGGAGGGGUGAAAAAAGAAAAGGUUUUGGUUAGUGCCCUUAACUCCUUAGCUGCUGAAGUACUGUGGUUGAAAAGACAAGCAAAAUAAGUUUUGAAGCAUUUUUCUAGUGUAGUUUAUGGGCACAAACCUUUAGUCCCCACCCCCCACCCCCAGAUGGAAUCUGCCAGAUCUUAAAAGAAUAGUUGCAAGAUUGCUGGGGGAGAGGAACUUUGCAAUUCCACCCAGAGUGGGAGGAGGGAGGGAGAGACCUGGCAGAUUCCACCUGUGGGGUGGUGGUGGUGGAAUUAAGGCUUGUGCUCAUAAACUACACUAGAAAAAUGCUUGAAACCUGAUUUUGCUUGUAUUUUCAACUGGCCCUCCACAGCAAACCCAAGGGGCUCUUUUAAUACUACAGUUCCCAGGUAAAAUUGCAUCACCCAACACUCGAACACGUGCCAGGCAUCGCCUGUAGUUUAGCUCUCAGUUUCAAAGCUCUUUGGGGAGGCAAAGGGUAAAGUUUCCCUCUUCUUCAUGUACUCAAAGGAACUGCUCCUACCUCUGACUGGCUCCUUUGCUAGAAUGAAGGGUAGAUGGUGAGCUUCCAGCCAAACCACCCCCUUUAUUAAUUUGCAGAGGAGAUGAGAGUCAAAACUUUUUAUUUGGGGGGUGGGUAGUGGAUUGUCCCCUGCCAUUCAGAUCUGUCCACCUCCUCCUCUGCCAUUCUGAGAGUGACUCUGAGUUUCUUGCCUUGAACCUUGUGAUCUGGUUGUCUGAGAGCAAAGCUACAAGUGACAAAUGACACUUGAAGGGCAAGUGAACAGACUCACGUGUAUUCCUCCCUGUUCACUUGCACUCCACUUGCACUCCACUUGAUCACAUACUGUUCACUUGCUGUUCAAGUGUCAUUCAUCACUUGUAGCUUGGCCUUGAUUGAGCUCUUCUUUUCUUGCAAUACUCUGUACAUCCCAGCAAAAACGUACAUCUACCAUCAUCUGUUCUCUUGCAGUCUAAAACGGUCUAGAUCAGGGAGAGGAGGUGUGAGCAAGUCCAGCGAUUUUGCACCCUCCAGUCAAACCAGCUUGAGGGGGGGGGGGGUUGCAAUGGCAUGCAAAUGUUGAAGCCUUAUUUAUGGCUACCUAAUGAGAUGAUUCAUUGUGAGCAGGGGCAGGGAGGAAAAGCAGCCUCUCCAAUUAGUGUGGCCCAGAAACGAAACCAAUUCCCACCAUCACCCCUAGAGCCCUGAGAUUUCUCAUUGUUCCAAAUAUUUUGGUCCAGAAAAACAUCCAGCCAUAUCCAAGUGUCCUGAGUAAGGUGAUGGGUUCCGUCUAACAAUCUGGGCUGGAUCCACAUAAUAUAUUCAAGUCUGAUCACAUCCUAGCCACACAGCAAUGGAGAGAGGUGAAUCUACGGUUUUCUAUCCUGUCUCCGCUAGAGUAAUUCACAGAAGACAAAAAGCAAUACGCACCCCCAGUAUCACUGGCUGAGGAAGCACCUUGGCUGGUUGGAUGCAGCUGGCAGGACCAUCGUUACGUGGGUGCACCAUACAGCGCAAACACUGCACCUCGGUGAUGUUGCAAGGGAUCCUGGGAACUGUUUAUGUCUCAGCUCUUACCUUUAGAAUGUAGCUGCCCUCCCCACAGGCCUAAAAAGACUGCUAUACAAUCUGCCCCUUCAUGACCUGCCAGUGCUCUAAAGUCAGCUAUGCGAGUGUUGCAGUUGGUUACUGUGCUUCCCAUUGUGUGUGUGUGUGUGUGUGCGCGUGUAUGUGCAUGCAUGCAUGCACAUUUGUUUGUGGUGGUGUGUGUUCAUUCCAUGGUGCAGCUGGUUUGCGUCAUCUUUCCCCUUCAGCUGUAUAACUCCGUUAUCUACAUACAAUAUGACAACCACAUGUAUAAUUCCCAGACCAAUAAAGUUAUGAAUGUGCAGGUGUGGAA